AUGGCGUUGUAUGCUGGUAAAAGUAGCCUAAAAGCUAAUUCAGAAGAGAACGCUCAGAAAUGUCCUCAGCUUGCAAUGGUCCAGGAGGCUGGACAUAGCACUGCAGAAAGUGGUGAUGUGAAGGUCUGUGAAAACAGCAAUUGCAUCGGGAAAGGAUGCCGAGAGGAGACCCAGAAUGAGUUUAGAGCUGUUACCACGAUGAAGCCUUCCAUGCCACUGGAGCCAGAAGUGAGGCUUCAUAUUACUGGCUUGCGUAACGAUUACUAUCUGAACAUACUGGACUGGAGCCUUGAAAAUGUAAUUGCUGUUGCUGUAGGACCUGCUGCACACAUCUGGAAUGGAAGAACUCUUCAAACCAUUGAAAGCAUUGAUUUGAAUUCCAGUUCCAAAUACAUUUCAUCUCUGGCCUGGAUAAAAGGAGGAACUUGCCUUGCAAUUGGCACCAGUGAUGGAGAAGUGCAACUGUGGGACAUUGAAACCAAAAAGAGGUUGAGAAAUAUGUUUGGUCACUUGUCUGUAGUUGGAGCUCUGAGCUGGAAUCAUUAUAUUCUGAGCAGUGGUUCGCGACUAGGAUCUAUUCAUCACCACGAUGUUCGGGUUGCCCAGCACCAUGUUGGGACCCUUUGCCAAAACAAACAGAGCAUUUGCAGCCUGAAAUGGUCACUAGCCAACCAGUUGCUGGCAAGUGGGUCUAGUGAUGGUAUACUGAAUAUCUGGCCUAGUGACCCUGGUGUGAAACUGCAGUCACAGCCACUGACAACCAUACCUCAUCCCUCAGCAGUUAAGGCUAUGAACUGGUGUCCUUGGCAGUCCAAAGUCCUUGCUACAGGAGGUGGAAUGAAAGAUGGGAUUUUGCGUGUCUGGGACAUAAAUCGUGAGACAAUCAUCCAAAGUGCAGCUACAGAUUCUCAGAUUUGUUCCUUGCUCUGGUUACCCAAAACCAGCAAAGUGAUGACUGGACAAGGCCUUCCUGGAAAUCAGAUGAAAAUAUGGAAGUAUCCCACGCUUAUCAAUUCAUCAGAACUCUAUGGUCACAAGGGGAGAGUCCUAGAUAUAGCCCUGAGCCCAGAUCAGAGCAGGCUCUUUUCUGUUGCAGCUGAUGGAAUAGCUUGUCUGUGGAAAUGCCACGAGUCUGGGGAGAGCAAGCACAGCAGCAAGGCUUUUUCUAAUGGUUAUCUGAGCUCAUUCUUGUGACUUCUUUUCCUUGAAAGCAAGUGAUUAAAUGUACUUAGCCCAUUCAAUAAUUCAAAAUAUGUGUGUUCCUUCCAAUGAAAACAUGGCAAAAGACAAUACAGUUUUUUCAAGAGAAAGCAAUUUUCCCCAUCAGUCCAUCAUGUGAAAUGUUAGUAGCUUGUCUUACUUACCCUAG